GGGCACGCGCAGGCACACAUGGUGAUGGGGAUGCGCUGCACUUGCGGUUCAGCAUCCGGUUCCUCCUCACUUCCCCCGGGACUGAGAGACAAAAACCCAGGGCGGGACCGAGGCAGAGAGUAACUGAGGCAGGGAGGUGAACCCGGGAGGCUGCCUGGCAGAGGUGGCGCCGGCUGCCCGGGGGCGGAGCCUCGUGUCCCCGCCCUGCAGCCCCGCCCCCUCCCUGUCGCUCAACUGGGCUCUGGCCAGAGCGCAGCAUCCAGCGCUGCAGGCUCUGGGCUAUGGACGCCCUAGGUGCUCCGGCCCCAGCCGCCGCCCCCGCCGCCCCUAGCUCGGCAAGGAAGGAGCUGAAGAUAGUGAUCGUGGGUGACGGCGGCUGCGGCAAGACGUCGCUGCUCAUGGUGUACUGCCAAGGCUCCUUUCCCGAGCACUAUGCCCCGUCGGUGUUUGAGAAGUACACGGCUAGUGUGACCGUGGGCAACAAGGAGGUGACCCUGAACCUCUACGACACUGCUGGGCAGGAGGACUAUGAUCGGCUGCGGCCACUGUCCUACCAGAACACCCACCUCGUCCUCAUCUGCUACGAUGUCAUGAACCCCACCAGCUACGACAAUGUCCUCAUCAAGUGGUUCCCCGAAGUCACCCAUUUCUGCAGAGGGACCCCCAUGGUUCUCAUCGGCUGCAAGACAGACCUGAGGAAGGAUAAGGAGCAGCUGAGGAAACUCCGGGCAGCCCAGCUGGAGCCCAUCACCUACACACAGGGCAUGACAGCCUGUGAAAAGAUACGAGCCGCACUGUAUCUGGAAUGUUCCGCCAAGUUUCGGGAGAAUGUGGAAGACGUCUUCAGGGAAGCUACCAAGGUGGCCCUCAGUGCCCUGAAGAAAGCACAGAGGCAGAAAAAACACAGGACCUGCCUGCUGCUGUGACGCUGGGGCGGACAGCCCUGAGUGGAACUGUUGUGGCCAGGGACCCGGGCCUGGGCUCCUGCUGGGGGAUUUUGCCCCCAUCAGAGCCCUAUAGUGCCUGGCCAUCUGGGGCUAGACUCUUGGAACAUUCUGGAACUGUCCCCACUUGGGUUCACGAUGUAGUUCAAUGGUGAAUGACUGGCGCCAGACCCACCCAUGUUCCUCUACGCUGGGACUGGCACUUGACCCCAGGUCACAGGAGGGCUCUUGUAACGGCUCCUUCUUAUCCCAGCCAUGUGUGUUUCCCUUUCCAAACCCAAUUCAUGCUUGAAACUCAGAAGGGCAUUGAGAUGUGGGCAAAUGGGGGUAUGCAAUGCUGUUCAGAGUCUCCAGCCCGGUCCUCUGACACGGUCCCCCUGAGCUCCUGAGAUAGGCUCAGCGACAUCCUCCAGCCUAUUCCUUCUUCCCCUCAGGAACCCGGGGCCACAGCCUAUCAGGAGACCACAGGCAGCAAGCCGGACAUGGGGCUGGCACCAGCUGCUCCCUCUGUACCACACUCAAGACUUUUGUCUUAGCCUGAGACACAUGUUCAGGGGAGAAGAAAAAUCUCUCAAAAUGUCAAAAUAUACUCAGGCCAGCCAGGCCUCCCAUCUGAUCCCUGCUCCAGGUUUCACCUGGAAAGCCCCAGCUGACUUCCACUGGGGACCCCUGAUGGACAGUGCCCAUGCCCCCAUCGGGGGCCUCAGGCAAAUGGGCUGGCUCUCUUCUUAGACCAUUCCCUAUCUGUCAAUGGCCAAGACUAGGUCAUUUAAGUAGUCAAGCUCCCCAUCUUCCGCCUCAGUCUCUGCUUCUACCAGGAUGUGGGGCUCAGGAAUGGACUACCCCUGCCCCCUUCCAGAACUGACAUGACACUGGACAACUUUCCAGAACUGGCCUGCUGACCACCAGUGUCUACUACAGCAAGGUUUUUGAAUUCUGACAUUCCUUCCGGGAAGUCUAGGGUCUGCAUUUCAGAACUUUUCAAGCCAAGUAUCCCAGGUGGCUUUAGUGCCCCCAAGAGGAAGUCAGCAUCUCCCAAGAAGAAACCAUGGCCUUGGCUGGCCCAUCUGUCCUAGUACCUCUUGACUCAGCCCCUAAAGUCAGGUUGCCAAGGAAAGAGACUUCUGAUCCCCUUCCCCAAGUGCCCCAAAGCCCUGCUGUCCUCUGCAGAACCAAGCAAGGACCUCUUGUUCUCUUAGAACCCAAGACCUUGUGGAUAAAUUAUCGUGUAUGUAGGGCAGAGGUCAACAAACCACAGCCCGUGAUCCACACAUGGCCACUGCCUGUUUUUGUAAAUAAAGUUUUAUUGAACCGCCACAAUUA